GCAAAGCACGUACGGGAAGUCGGAGGGGAAAAGCUGCUGGGAUCCGCGGAUAUCAUCAACAAGACUAUUUUCCUUUACUUAGCUAGCUAUCAAUCUGUGAACUACUACUACUCCCUUCCUUACCUUUACCUGUCAAACCGCCACACUGGCGAUGUCGGAGUCUUACGAUUUCCUGUUCAAAUUCCUUGUGAUUGGGAAUGCUGGAACAGGCAAAUCCUGUCUGCUGCACCAGUUCAUAGAGAAGAGAUUUAAGGAUGAAUCCAACCACACGAUUGGAGUGGAAUUUGGCUCCAAGAUCAUCAGCGUGGUCAACAAAAUGGUCAAACUGCAGAUUUGGGACACUGCAGGACAAGAAAGGUUCAGGUCUGUGACCAGAAGUUACUACAGAGGAGCAGCAGGAGCCCUGCUCGUCUAUGAUAUCACCAGUCGAGAGACAUACAACGCUCUGACCACAUGGUUGAGUGAUGCCAGGAUGCUGGCCAGUCAGAACAUCGUCAUCAUCCUGUGUGGAAACAAGAAGGACCUCGAUACAGACAGAGAGGUCACAUUCCUGGAGGCUUCACGCUUCGCUCAGGAGAACGAGCUGAUGUUCCUGGAGACCAGUGCUCUAACAGGGGAGAACGUUGAAGAGGCUUUUGUGCAGUGUGCUCGGAAAAUCCUCAACAAGAUAGAGUCAGGAGAGCUGGAUCCAGAGAGGAUGGGGUCAGGUAUCCAAUAUGGCGACGCUGCAUUACGACAGCUCCGUUCUCCUCGUCGUGCUCAGCCCCAGGGCACCCAGGAGUGUGGCUGCUAGUGGAGGUGCCCUGUAACAUACACAGACAAGUGUGUUUCAGACAGGUUUGUGAAGACCAGGAGAAGAACAGCCAUUGGGGACCCAGACAGUGUUGGGUUCAGGUUGUGGUGCUGGUGACUCCUCCCUGACCUUUGAUCUUCAACCUUCGCACGCAACCUUGAGAACCCUCAGAACCUUUGUUGUCAUGGCUGCACUUACAUAGAGCCACACCACCCCUCAGACCUCUGAGCAUCUCCAGGGUGACCAGAGACCACCCACAUCCAACAACCUGCUCCUCUAUUGGACCAAACCCUCCCCAGCCCUCCAAUCAGGACGUGACAUGUAACCUUUCUCUCUUCUACCUUUCCACUGAUCUGCCCUCACACCUGCUUAUCUCCCAACCUACCACAUUGUUGUCUUUCCACUACAUCCCAUCUUCACUGCCUAAAGGAAUAGUUGACAUUUUGGAAAAUUUGUGUUUGAAUUAAACAAAUGAGAUGUAAAGUGUUAAAUGUUACAUUUAAAGGCGUUGACAGGUGGAUAUUUAAAUUUUGAAACAACCGAGAGUAGCCCCCUCCCCCUACUUCCCGUAUGUGUGCUAAGCUUAGCCAAUCACCGCCUGGCUCCAGCUUGAUAUUUACUACACAGACAUGACGCAUUGAUUUUCUCAUCUAACUCUUGUCAAGAAAACACAUUUCCCAAAUUGUUGAACUGUUCCUUUAACUUAUUUAAAACCCUUCCCUGCCACAUUACUUCUCUUUCUCCAUCCACCUGCUCUGAUUGCCCAUGAACUUCCUGCUCCCCUGUUUUAAACACACCACUAACAGUGUACUGACUGCUCAUACAUUUUGCACUUCCUGAAUCUGUACUUUGUCCUAGUAAAGUGCCCCCUGGCAAUUCAGUGGCCAAAUCACACUUCAUGCCCCCAAUCUCUCCCUUUCUUGCUUUUUUUUUUUUUUCUACAUUCCAUCAUUCUGUCUGUUACCUUCCUAUACAUCUGCUUACCUGUCUGCCUGCCUGUCUCUUUACACAGCUCUCUACCUUUCUAAAUCUCUCCUCUUGUACCCCUGCAGCAUCUUACACACUGUAUAGUGUUUCUGUAUAUAGAGAUUGACGCAUGUUUUCUCAAACAGAAUAUCAGAGUAUUUCAUUAAGAAGAUAUAUUAUAUGUAUAUCAAAGUGGAUAAUCGUAUCCAGCAUCAGGUUCAUGCACCACUGUAUAAUUGUCAUGUUAAGCUAUAAUACAAUACACUGGCAAGCAGUAUAUGUGGGCAGUACUGUUUGCAGCAUUUAUGUUUAUUUGUAAUUGGGACAAGUUGAUGUGGAUUACAUUAUGGACUAACCAUUAUGUGGAAAAAUGCUGUUUUAUCAUUGUUCAAGCUCAUAGAUUUACAGAAAAACAGACGGAGGCAACCUGAAAUGUUCUGAACAGACAUUUGGUUUUCUGUUCUAGUUCAUCUGAAUCAUUUGUACUGUGAAAGUAAAAUGUCAUCUUUUAAUUCACAAUGGCACAUUCACCAUUCACCGUUAAAUGACAGUGUAAGACACUUCUUUGUCCAAAGGAUUCCAGUUAUGACUAAUGACUGAUUUAUUACAGUAAAUGUUGCCUGUUUACAUGAAUACCUGACUGACUGCUGCCGGCUGUUGGUAAAUACUAACUGAAUGCAUUUAGCAAUGGUAUGAAGUUACCUGAUGUGUGCUUGAUUUUUGUCUCCAAAGAUACUUUAUGUCUCGUUUUUAACUUUGAAAUAGUCCAGCAACAUGAAGCUCUCAACAAAAACACAAACAUUUUUGAAAAUUGUGAUUGAGAGGUAUUUUUUGCAUAGGUGUAUUCAAACAUUACAACAACAUAUCAUUUAUGAUUUUAAAUUUCUUUUUACAUUUUCCCCCAAAAAUGAUGCAUUAAACUUUUAAAUGAAUUACACUUCAAACUGUAGAAAAAUUUCAUAUUAGAAUAAUCUCAAGUGUUUGAUCUGAUAGUGGUUUUGGCUGCUCCACGGCAGGUUGCUGUCUUGUGUUUAUGUCAUCAAGUCCUUUGUUUAUAUUUAUGUAUGUCUGUUUUUAUCAUCAUAUCAUGGAUUUUUAAUUUAUUGUGUAUGAUAAAAGCAUAUGGUUUUUAAAAUAAAAAUGACUACGAAUAAAGCAUCUUCUUUGAAAAGCA